GACUUUAAAAGGUUUUAAGAAGUCAUUUACAUGCGAUGAAAGACAUGGAGAUCUUUACCGGGGCCCCUGCAGAGGAGCCAACACCCAGUCCCGGGAUAAACACCCUCCUGUCCGCGGCUCAGGUACACUUUCCCGUCCCCCAGGACGAGUUUGACCUUAUUGAAGACAUUAUCAAUGAAUACCGUCCGCCAGAAGGCCGAGUGGUUCUCCCCGAACCGCCCGCUCCCCCUGAGCACCUGGGCUGCCAGCGCUCCUUCAGCGAGGACCAGCCUUCCCUCUGGCAGAACUCCUCUUCCACCUCCAAGCCUGUACUGGUGCCGAGAGGCACAGCAUGCAAGCCAAACUUCCUCCCUCAGCAACACGCAGGGGGAAGUUCAAAGGAAAUGGCAUCGACUCACCCCUCCCGGGUAGUCUCCUCUCCUGGUCGAUGUCGAGUUUCUUCUUAUUCACUGCCAUCCAAAAGCCCGUCGCAGAACUACGACACCGAAAAACUGGAGCAAAUCCUGGAGAUGCCCACACUGAAGGUGUUGGAGGAGCCCAAAGACAGAGGCAUGAGGUUUCGGUACGAGUGUGAAGGGCGCUCGGCUGGAAGCAUCCUGGGAGCCUCCAGCACUGACAGCAACAAGACUCAGCCCACAGUAGAGAUUCAGGGUCCUAUUGACCACUUAAAGAGGACCACAGUCACUGUUUCCUUGGUGACCAAAGACUUCCCACACAGGCCUCACCCCCACUGCCUUGUGGGAAAAGACUGUCAAGUUGGUUCGGGAAUCUGCAAAGUGUCAUUCAAUCCUCACACCAGCAGACGUCACAGUUUUGCCAAUCUUGGCAUCCAGUGUGUGAGGAGGAAAGAGCUGGACAUUUCACUUCAGAAGAGGCGAAGCCUAAAUAUUGACCCCUUUCAAACUGGUCACUCAAAGGGCAUUGAAGACAUGGACAUGAACGCAGUGCGUCUGUGUUUUCAGUGUGAGCUGGAGUGGGAGGACGGCAGGAAAAAUUCUCUCGCCCCAAUCAUCUCCAAACCCAUUUAUGACAAAAAGGCCACAACUACGUCAGAGCUGAAGAUCUGCAAUUUGAACUUUUACAGAGGGUCCUGCACGGGCAAGACGGAGAUCUACAUGUUGUGUGACAAAGUCCAGAAAGACGACAUAGAGAUCCUCUUCAAGCGAGGGUUGUGGAAGGCGAACGGGGAGUUUGCCCAGACGGAUGUGCACCGGCAGAUCGCCAUCGUGUUUAAGACCCCUCCCUACCAGGACCAAGACAUCACAGAGGAGGUUGAAGUCAACGUUGUCCUGCGUCGUAUCUCAGACCAGAUGGAGAGCGAUCCAAUCGCCUUCACGUAUCUGCCGAACAAUCGGGAUCCGUAUGAAGUGAAGCGGAAGAGACGUGCAAUAAAAAGGGACGUCAGCCUCUCAGAGGAACCUUAUACGACAGAGAGCGUGUCUACUUGUGACCAAGCCUCCCGAUUCCCCCUGGAGACUGAAAACAGGCUCACACCGGACGACCGGCACAGUGCCACCGACGAGGCAAUGAUCAUUAAUGAAUUGCUCGAGUGUCCUGAAAUUGUAAGCGCACUCAAUGACCCCAACUUGGCCAUGCAAGGGGGUUUUGACCAGGGGAUCGACGCCAACGCAGCCUUUACAAAUGUGGAUGUGUGGAACUAUUUAUACCCAGCAGACUUUUCCCAGUUUAGUGACAUGCAGUUCAGCAUGCUCGUCAAUGAGUCCCAGAAUAUUCAGCCGGAACCACAGGACGGCGGGCUGCAGGUGAAAAUAGAAGAGGAGCUAUGAGAUCAGGGCAAAGUGGGAACAGCUGGCUCCAGCUUUAUCAAGUGGACAUCGGAUUGUUGUUGACUGUAAUAUGCAAGGAACCAACGAAGUGCACAACGUCCAGACUAUGAUGGUGCACAACUCCUUGUUUUGCUCCUGCUGCUUGCGCUGUGUAAUGUAUCCGUGAUUUCCUUUCAUCUGCUCUGCUGCCCUCCUUUUAACCUCAUGUCUUUGCAUCAAAGCCUCGCUGGUCGAGGCUUCGGACACCAGAAGCAGUUUAACAUUCCUAAAUAUUUCCUAAAAAUUCUACAUGUAUUGAUUUUAAUACUCGCUGGUCGGGGAAAAUAAUUUUUAAAGUCGGCAUGGAGCUAAUAAUAGUUUUCUGUUUAACCUGGGAACUUUAGAAAAGGUCUUUUAGUACAUUUUUAUUGAGGACAGACUUCUCAUGAAAGCUCUGUUUUGUUUCUUUUACAUACAUUUUGGUUUAAAAUACCAACUUCUAGAAGUUUUUCGGAGCAUAAAAAGCGUAAAAAGAUUUUUUUUAUCACAAAACAUUGUGUGAACUGUAGUUUCAGAUCAAGACUUAGCAUAGUUUUCUGUUGUUGCUCUAUAAUGUGACUGCUGCUCUUAAUAUUUAAUCGGUGCACUCGUCCGUCUAGCCACACCUCUUUGUCCCAGUUUCUGUAGUUCAGCAGUUUCACUCUCGUGCUAAAAUUCCAAUGACCACCGACGCUUGUCACAUGUCUGACUCUGCCACCUUAUUGUCUUGUAAAUAUGUCAGAAGGAAAAAAUAAAACGUGUUUGCUAUUUUUGGUUUGUCAUUACUCACCGAGGAACUGAAAGACAGGCAGGGUUAAUAAAAAGGGAUGUAGGAAAUUCCAAAUGUAAUGUGUCUCCAGCUGCUACUCGUGCAUUCC